ACUCCAUUUGAACUCCUCCUCCACAUUUACUAGAUCGGGAGAACAGUGCAGAAGAUAGCCUCCUCCAUCUCUCGUCAGGACUAAAAAGGAAAGGCUUGCUACGUUUGCUAGUUUAUUCCAAACCAACGCUGUUUUUGUAGCUACAGUGARCACGGACUUGACAGACAAGCAAGGGACAGCAUUUGUUGAGAAUUCCAUAAACAACUUGAGAUAUUUACUGGUAUAUUAUCUAAUUUAUAAGCCACAGCGUAAUCUACAGUGAUGCCAUCCGAUAGACCGUUCAAACAAAGAAGGUCAUUCGCUGAUCGUUGCAAAGAAGUGCAUCAAAUCCGUGACCAGCACCCCAACAAAAUCCCAGUAAUCAUUGAGCGUUAUAAGGGAGAGAAGCAGCUGCCUGUGUUGGACAAGACAAAGUUUCUUGUCCCUGACCAUGUCAACAUGAGCGAGUUAGUGAAGAUAAUCAGGCGCCGACUGCAGCUCAACCCCACGCAGGCCUUCUUCCUCCUGGUCAACCAGCACAGCAUGGUGAGCGUGUCCACGCCCAUCUCCGAGAUCUACGAGCAGGAGCACGACGAGGACGGGUUCCUCUACAUGGUUUACGCCUCUCAGGAGACUUUUGGAUACUAGGGAGAGAGAGGGAAGUCUGGUCAAAGAGAUGGGUGAGAUAGGAGACACAGGGGUACAGCGAGAGGUGAGGUUAGGUAGAGUUAGGUCAAACCCAGCUGUGUAUGUUUCUAUUUCCCCCCCCCCCCCGGGAUGAUUGAGUUCCCUUAAGGAUAAUUAAACAGACACCACCAUGUCUUCUCAUGACACUAGUAGGUAAACAGGAACGCUAUGUGCAACAUCCCCCCCCUUAUUAAAACUAUCAUCCCCGUUGGAAGUACAUUUCUAUUGGUUGUCUUUUUUUCCUUUAGUCAUAGGCUAGUGUUUUUGGCCCAUUGGUUUUGAUUUUAUAGUUCAUUAUUUUAUCUCCAACUGGAACCUGGUUUCUCAGAGUAGAACACUAUUAGUGUUUUGUUUUUUUAGGUUUUGUAACACCUUUUUACUUACGUGGUCAUAGGUGCUAUUGCCUAAACCAAUGGUUAUUAAUCUUGUCGAGAGUUUCCCCAAUAUUCACACAGCUUACCUUUCUGGCACAYGUCUGCCAAAAGUGCAAGUGCAUUAACUACACAACAAGACAUGCAAAAUUGCUAAGCCAUCAAUAUCCCUGUACCUAAAUCUGCUAGAGCAUUGGGUAUCUUAGGUUGUUCUCCCCUCUCCCUCCAUUUAAGUAUGGUUUAAUAAUCAAUCAGAUUAAUCAAAUGUGUUUGUCUGUCACCUUGAGCAGUUGACUGGUUCCAUGAGCAAGAUGACCAUCCGUACAGUCAUAACAGGUAGUGGUGGGUAUGUGUGUUGUGAUAUAAGCUAGUACUUAGAAUUGAGUAGUGGAAACAGAUGUAUAAUGUAGAAAUAAAUACGCUUCUUUGCACAUACCUUUAUACUAUUAUAAUAAGACUCAGUAUUGAAAAGAAAUAAAUGACACAUUUGAUUCUUUUUGAUAUUCUGAUAUUCUCUCCUUUAGAACACUGUUCUGUACGUAUGCCUUUGGUAAAAUGACUUUUGGAACUAUGGGUUUGUGAUGCACUACAUACCUUGCAUGUUUUUCAUUGUUGUUUUUUUGUAUUGAUUUUGGCAAUAGAUAUAAUUAUUGUAUUAAGUGUAUUAAAACAUUUAUUUUUAGAAUUGUUUCCAAACCAAAAACUGAAAAUGUAUGUUAACAAUUGUGUGCGUAUAAACCAUUAAAAUACUGAAGUUGUGUUCAUUUAAAUUCCUCAAUUGUAACUAAUUCAAGGAGUAUAGCAUUGYUUCAAACUAAUUUUAAGCAUUCGCUAAUAAAGCAAUUAAAAAUGUAAA